CAAAUAUACUUAAGUGAAAAUCCCUUGCAGGUAUUUAAUUCUAAAUGAGUAAUUACUGGGUUGUCAGUGUGUCUUGGUCUACAGGUGCAUAUGUCUUAGUGGCUCAUUUGCGCCUUGGCUUCGAAGCGGGUCGCACACAAACGCACUGGCAGUAGCAUCUUCUAGCCUGAUACCGCAGAGCUUCCGGAGCUUUCCAUUUCUCUAGGGCGACUAACCCGACACAGCCGCCACAAUGUGUGACAUGGGGGGACUCGAUAACUUGGUGGCCAACACGGCCUACCUAAAAGCCCAAGGGGGUGAUGACAAGGAAAUGAAGAAACGUCGCCGAAGUCUCUCUCUACCCAAGCCAGAACAAUGUGCUGCACUCAGGUCGACUCUGGACACGGACUUUGAAUCCCUCAGCGAAAAGCAACCUAUUGGAAAGAGGUUUUUUCGCCAGUAUCUGGAUCAAGCAGGGCCAGAAUGCAAUGCUGCUGUAGAAUUUCUGGAUGAUCUGAAUGAUUGGGAAUUGUCAGAGGCCGCUGCCAAAGACAAGGCCCAUACAAAUAUCAUCAAUAAGUUCUGCAAAGAUGGUUCCAAGAGCUCCCUCACCUUCCUGACUGGAGAUGUAGCAACCAAGUGCAAGACGGUUACUGACAAAGAUUUCGAGGAGGUGAUGGGACAGGUGAAGCAGGCCACCAAAGAGUUCCUAAAAGGCAAGCCGUUUACAGAUUACCAGACAAACGAAUUCUUUGACAAGUUUUUGCAGUGGAAAGAGUACGAGAAACAGCCAAUCACUGAAAAGUACUUUUAUGAAUUCAGGACACUUGGAAAGGGCGGAUUCGGAGAGGUGUGUGCAGUGCAGGUUAAGAACACCGGCCAGAUGUAUGCCUGCAAGAAGCUCUGCAAGAAGCGCCUCAAGAAGAAACAUGGUGAGAAAAUGGCCCUGCUAGAGAAGAAGAUCUUGGAGAAGGUCAACAGUCUGUUCAUUGUCAGCCUGGCCUAUGCUUACGACACUAAGACCCAUCUCUGUCUGGUCAUGAGCUUGAUGAAUGGAGGUGACCUCAAGUAUCACAUCUAUAACAUUGGUGAGAAGGGUAUUGAAAUGGAUCGGAUCAUCUAUUAUACAGCUCAGAUUACAACCGGGAUGCUUCACCUGCAUGACAUGGACAUUGUGUACCGUGACAUGAAGCCAGAGAAUGUGCUGUUAGAUAGCCAAGGCCAGUGCCGUCUUUCAGAUCUUGGUCUCGCUGUGGAGAUUCCCAUUGGAAAGACCAUCACCCAGAAGGCUGGAACGGGUGCAUAUAUGGCACCUGAAAUCCUCACUGAAACCCCAUACAGGGCAUCAGUGGAUUGGUGGGCUCUUGGUUGCAGUAUCUAUGAAAUGGUAACUGGCUACACCCCGUUCAAAGGCCCUGAAGCCAAGAAGGAGAAAGUGGAGAAGGAGGAGGUACAGAGGCGCAUCAUUAACGAGGAAUCUAAGUUUGAGCACAAGAACUUUGAUGCCCCCACCAUAGACAUAAUCAAGCAGUUCCUCAAGAAGAAGAUUGAUGAACGUCUUGGCUGCAAGGGUGAUGAUCCCAGGAAGCAUGAGUGGUUCAAGUCCAUCAACUUUGCUCGUUUGGAGGCUGGCCUUAUUGAUCCACCCUGGGUGCCCAAACCCAACGUUGUCUACGCAAAGGAUACAGGUGACAUUGCUGAGUUCUCUGAAAUCAAGGGUAUUGAGUUUGACACAAAGGAUGAAAAGUUCUUCAAGGAGUUUAGCACAGGUGCUGUGCCCAUUGCCUGGCAAAAGGAGAUGAUUGACACUGGACUCUUUGACGAGCUCAACGACCCCAACCGGAAAGAAUCAUCCGGUGGUUCAGAUGAUGAUAAGAAAUCGGGCACUUGCACACUUCUGUGAGAGGACCAAUCCAGCCACCCAGCCCAGAAUUCACCAGCAAAUGCUUUCAGUGGCAUCAUUAAGAUGAAUGAAACUGUGCUCUGUGUCGAAGAAGAGUGGACCGUGACAAAAGAGAUGGGACGUUAGUCCAUUGUAGCAUAGAAGGAGACUCUUAUUGCUUCAGUUGCACAGCCACAUGGUCUGAGAAACAUUCUAGACCAUCCAUGAUGUGGUGGACUGAGCUUUGGACCAGUCAGGGAAGUUCUUCUCUGCAGUUCCUUUAUGUCUCGUGAAGUAGUCAACCGCCUAUCCAACAGGGGGUGCAAGUAAAAGUACUAUUCAAUAUUGAGAAGAUGCUAGAAGAGUAGAAGACUACAGGCCACUUAAAGAUUGUGAUGUAACAAUAGCGACUCAAUGUAAUCAGCAGCAGUUUGUGAUCAGAAGGCAGAGAUGCAUGGAUAUGCAAAUUGGAGUCAUUCCCAAGAAGCAGCGGCUUGCAUUUCAAACAUCUCCUGCCUUGCCAAAUCACAGUUUAUUUGUGGAUUAGUUCACUGUGUACUAGUACACAAUUGGCAUCUAUUGUACACAUACUCUUUGUAAGACUUUAAGAAGCUACUGAAGAUCAGGCCCAGACGGAAUCUACGGAAAUUCGUUCUCGUUUUUUAAAAUUCGGAAUUCUGUGGCAUGUUCUACAAGCUAAAUUAAAUGAGCUAGAGUUCCUCUAUCCACCAAUCGAUUUUCCGAACCAUUAGUCCUAGGGUUGCUUGAGCCUGUCCCGGCAUCUCAAGCUGUAGACAGGGAAAGACCCUGGAGAGAUGGCUAGUCCAUCACAGGGUCAAAUUUGUGAAAAUGUGUAACAAAAUAAUUGUGAAGGAUGUAAAAAUGUUGUAAUGGUGGGCGUUCCAAUUGCACAGAUUCCAUGUGGGCCUGCUUGUUGUGACACAGGUAAACAUCUACAUCAGGGCUGUCCAAACUCGGUCCUGGAGGGCCGGUGUCCUGCAGAGUUUAGCUCCAACUUGC